CAAGAAAACAAAUAACUUGAUUUUAAAAAUGAGCAAAGAACCCGAACAGGCAUUUCUCAAAAGAAUACAUAGAAAUGACCCACAGGUUCCUGAAAAAACAUUCAACAGUCCUAAUCAUCAGGGAAAUGCAAAUUAACAUCACAGUGAUCUAUCACUGCGCAUCUGUUAGAAUGACUAUUUGCCAAAAGACAAAAGAUAACAAGUAUUGUGAUGAUGCAGAGAAAAGGGAAUCUGGUUAUACUGUGAUUGAGAAUGUAAAUGAUAAUAGUACAGCUAUUUCAGAAAACAGUGUGGAGGAUCUCAAAAAACUCAGAAUUAUCAUAUGAUCCAGCAAUCCCAUAGCAUUUCUAUGUCAUCAACUCAUUAAAUUUACCCAUUCAGUUAUUCAUGUCCCAAACUAACUCAUCCUUAAUUCUUUGCUUUCCCUUAUGUCCCUAUUCAAUAUACCAAAGUGUACUGAUUCUGUUUUCAAUUAUAUCCAGAAACUCACUAGCUGGAUUUCCACUCCAGGCCAUACCACCAUCGUUUCUCACCUGGACCACUGUGAUACCCCUCACAUGUGUCUUUUCUUCCACUCUUGCUCCCUAACAGUUCAUCCUUUACAUAGCAGACAGAUCACACAAGUCUCCUAUUCCCUAGAGUGGCUUCCUGGCAAAUACACUGAAAUCUAAAUCCCUUAUUUCACAUACUGUAGCCCCUGACUUUAUCCAUGAAAAUGUCUCCCAGAAGUCUCUCCUGGCUCAGCAUGUUUCAGCAGCCACACCCUUCUUUCUAUUCCUUGAGGAUGCCAAGCUCAUUCCCAGCUUGGGAUAUUUGCACAAGCUGUUUCCUCCAGCCAAGAUACCCUGUUCCCUAAACAUCUUACGGUCAGUUCCUUCUUGUAAUUCAAACUCCACCUUAACUUCUUUUCUUAGAGAUCUCUUUCCUGACCUCUCAACCUACUCACUUUCUGUUCUGCCAGCCUGGUUUUAAUGCUCUCUCCUGGUUCAACAGCACUUACUCAUAUGGGAUAUGUUCUUAUUUGUUACUUGGUAAUUUGAUGUUUUCUUUGUUGAGGUGUAAGCUGCAUGAGAACAGAGGCUUUACCUUUCUCAGUUACUAUUGUGUUCCCAGCACACAGAACCAUGUCUGGAACAUAAUAGGUGCUCAGCAUAUAAUUGCUACAUCUAUGAAUGAAAGUGCUGUGCUUAAGGUUGCCCAUACCCUAUCUUAUCUUACCCUUCAACAAGUAAAAUAUACAUUCUAUUCCCACUUUUGUAGAUAAGAAAUGGGGUGUUCAACUAAUUAAACCAACUAUUGAACUACAAUUGUGUAUUUCUUCUGCCUAUUUCAAACUUAAGGAUGCCAUCAUUCAUGGAAAAUGUGUAAGAGCAAGAACUUCAUAAAAGGAUAUUGCUGAUCACUGUGUAUGGAUCUGUUUAUAUCUUAAAUACUUUUUAUUAAAGUUCUGGAAAUUCAUAGAAAGCAUGCUUUGUUAUUCAAUUUAAAUAGUUAGAAUGGUUAGACCGCUGAGACUCGUGGAAAUGGGUAAGAGUUCUAGAAGAGAACGAGCCUCCUCCAUUCAAUGUAAUUCGGUCUAUCAUUCCAGGAGUGCUUCUUUCUUAAGUGUAGAAGAACAUCAUUUCAUAUGUAGUAUUGUUGGGAAAUAUCAGUUUUAACUAGAACUGUUGCAACAGUCAGAAAAAGAAGCCAAAAGAUUUGUCUAGGUAUUAAGAUAUGGCCCCAUCUGUGCUAAAUCUCACGAAUAUUUAUACAGAACAAACAAAAAAUCAAAAACAAAAACUCUGGGAGUAUAAAUUAGAAGUGUAGGAAAAUCCUAAAAACUGCUUAAGACACCCAAGAAUUCAGGAAAAUCACUUUUUCAGAGAAGGCAACCCUAUAGUUUUCUGGCUUUCACAGCAACUACCUCUAUCCCAAUGUCUUAAAAGAAAGGUACUUUGUGAAAAUUGCAAAUCCUUGCCAUUGUUUUCACUAUUAACUUUAAAAAAAGUCAAUUGGUAAGGAGAUGGUUGUGUUUGCUUUUUGAAAUAUGAAGAAACUGAGGCACGUCUUUCUCUUAGGGCAGUGCAGCAAAUUAGUUUUGGAGCUCUGUUGCCAAGGUAGAGGGCUUAAAAUUUGUGGUUUCUAGGCUACUGUGUUUUAAAGGAGGCAAUUAUGUAUCCUAAUUUCCAAAUACCUGAGCCUGCGCUGUGCAGAAAAUGUAGCCAGUUUUAAGAAACAGCUUGUUUUCGACUUCUAAGCCCAUGAAGAAGAAUAUAUUUAUCUGUGACAAAAUAGCAUUGUCCCCAUUUGGUGGUGAAUCUUCAACUCUGUUUAGAAUCAGGGUCAACUUCUCAAAUGAGCCUUGCCUUUCCCCCAUUUAGGCUUCCUGAAUCUGAUUAACACUGUGUCAGGGAGUUGUCUGAUGUCUGACCUUGAGCAGCAUGCUUCCCUCUCCCCACCUCCUCUUUCUGGGAAUCAUUUUGUACAGCCUCGGGCCCUGAGAUUCCUCCCCAGCAGGCUAGAUUGCACUCACAGGUUCCCUUUAUUGGUAUCCGAAGGGUUCCAGACCCAGUGACCUGUCAUCUGUCUUCUCACCUGCUUACAUGCUGAUUCACUGAUGAGCUGGCAUUGCAGGCCCCGCCUCCCUCUGAAUGGUCUGUGAGAUUGCAACUGCUUCUGGAGAGGGGAUGCCGAGCCGAACCAGAGCUGGGUUACUACAAGUGUAAACUGGCAGCCUAUCUGUUGCCACAGAAGAACUUGGCCACCACAUUGAGUAGCCGUGUUUUCUCACCUCCCAGUUACUGUUGUAGCUGUAUCUGGCUUCUCUAGCAUUUUAAAGGAAUUUCUGAUUGAGGCACUAACAGCUAAUUCCACAGGAGUUGUAAGGCAGCCUGUGCAUAAACUGAGACAGAAGUUUCUCCUCAGAGACUGUUUUUUUUUUUUUUAAUAUUAUUAUUGGCAAAGACUUCUGGCUCUUCUCAGAGGAAUACCUUGUUGCUUAAGAUGAGUGGCUGUAGAAAGCGGUGUAAACGUGAAAUAUUGAAAUUUGCCCAGUACCUUCUCAGACUAUUAACAGGUUCUCUUCAUACAGACAGCGUGGAAGAUGAACUGGAGAUGGCCACCGUUAGACAUCGGCCAGAGGCCCUUGAGCUUCUGGAAGCCCAGAGCAAAUUUACCAAGAAAGAGCUUCAGAUCCUUUACAGAGGAUUUAAGAACGAAUGCCCCAGUGGUGUUGUUAAUGAAGAAACCUUCAAAGAGAUUUACUCGCAGUUCUUUCCACAGGGAGACUCUACAACAUAUGCACAUUUUCUGUUCAAUGCAUUUGAUACGGACCACAAUGGAGCUGUGAGUUUUGAGGAUUUCAUCAAAGGUCUUUCCAUUUUGCUUCGGGGGACAGUACAAGAAAAACUCAAUUGGGCAUUUAAUCUGUAUGACAUAAAUAAAGAUGGCUAUAUCACUAAAGAGGAAAUGCUUGACAUAAUGAAAGCAAUAUAUGACAUGAUGGGUAAAUGUACAUAUCCUGUCCUCAAAGAAGAUGCUCCCAGACAACAUGUGGAAACAUUUUUUCAGAAAAUGGACAAAAAUAAAGACGGGGUCGUCACCAUAGAUGAGUUCAUUGAAAGCUGCCAAAAAGAUGAAAACAUAAUGCGCUCCAUGCAGCUCUUUGAAAAUGUGAUUUAACUUGUCAAAUAGAUCCUCAAUCCAACAGACAAAUGUGAACGAUUCUACCACACUUAAAGUUGGAGCUACCACUUUUAGCAUAGAUUGCUCAGCUUGACACUGAAGCCUAUUAUGCAAACAAGCUUUGUUUUAAUAUAAAGCAAUCCCCAAAAGAUUUGAGUUUCUCAGUUAUAAAUCUGCAUCCUUUACAUAAUGCCACUGAGUUCAUGGGAUGUUCUAACUCAUUUCAUACCCUGUGAAUAUUCAAAAGUAACAAUCUGGCAUAUAGUUUUAUUGAUUCCUUAGCCAUGGGAUUAUUGAGGCUUUCACAUAUCAGUGAUUUUAAAAUACCAGUGUUUUUUGCUACUCAUUUGUAUGUACUCAGUCUUAGGAUUUUGAAUGGUUUUCUAAUAUACUGACAUCUGCAUUUAAUUUCCAGAAAUUAAUUUUCAUGUUUGAAUGCUGUAAUUCCAUUUAUAUACCUACUUUAAGUAAACAAGAUUAUGACAAUUAAAACACAGUUCCAGUUUCUAUGGCCUUCCUGCCUUCUGUUAGAAAUUAAUUUAUCUGGAAUUUUAAAAUAACAUUUAACAAUUAGUUUAUUAUCAGAUAGCAUAUGCCUAAUAAAACUUAUUUUAAUAAGCAAUUAAUUUUGCAUAAUAUAUUACAGCCAAGGCCUAUAUAAUAAUUUUGGAUUUGUUCAAUCUUAUAGGCUGUUUUCUAUUGUAUCAAGUGGAAGGUCAAGAAGGCAUCAAACAAAACAAGGAUGUUUCCAGACGUAUGCAAAGGGUCAGGAUCUCUAUCCGCCAGUAUAUAGUAAUGCUUAAUAACAAGUACUCCUAACAGCAAGGCCAAAUCUGUCCUCUUUCCCCGACUUCCUUACAGCAUGUUUAUAUUACAAGCCAUUCAGGGACAAAGAAACCUUGACUACCCCCAUUGUCUACUAGGAACCAGCAGUAAGCAAAAUUCAUUUGAAAGCACCAGUGAUUCCAUUACACUGAGAAUUACUACCAAGAUUUAGUAGAAAAUAAAAAGUUCUCAACAACUAAUCCAGAUUACAGUAUGAUUUAGCUCAUCAUAAAAUUCCAACAAUUCAGAUUAUUUUUAAUGAUCUUAACCAAAACUAUAAAGUUGCCACAUUACUAAAGACACACACAUCUUCCCUGUUUUGUAGAAAUAUCACAGAGACCAAGAGGCUACAGAAGGAGGAAAUUUGCCACUGUCUUUGCAACAAUAAUCAGGUAUCUAUUCUGGUGUAGAGAUAGGAUGUUGAAAGCUGCCCUGCUAUCACCAGUGUAGAAAUUAAGAGUAGUACAAUACCUGUACACUGAAAUUUGCCAUCGCGUGUUCGUGUAAACUCAAUGUGCACAUUUUGUAUUUCAAAAAGAAAAAAUAAAAGCAAAAUAAAAUGUU